CAGGAUGAAGUUAAAAGAAGUGGACCGUACAGCUACGCAGGCUUGGAGUCCUGCCCAGUGUCAUCCUAUUUACCUGGCUACAGGAACAUCUGCUCAACAGUUGGAUGCAACAUUUAGUACCAAUGCUUCUCUGGAGAUAUUUGAAUUAGACCUUUCUGAUCCAUCAUUGGACAUGAAAUCUUGUGCUACUUUCUCUUCUUCCCACAGGUACCACAAAUUGAUUUGGGGACCUCACAAGAUGGAUUCCAAAGGAAAUCUUUCUGGGGUCUUAAUUGCAGGGGGUGAAAACGGAAAUGUUAUUCUGUAUGAUCCUUCCAGAAUUAUUGCCGGAGAUAGUGAUGUUGUGAUUGCCCAGAAUGACAAACAUACAGGGCCUGUGAGAGCCUUAGAUGUGAACGUUUUCCAGACUAAUCUGGUAGCUUCUGGAGCUAAUGAGUCUGAAAUCUAUAUUUGGGAUUUAAAUAAUUUUGCAACUCCCAUGACACCAGGAGCCAAGACACAGCCUCCAGAAGACAUCAGCUGCAUUGCCUGGAACAGACAGGUCCAGCAUAUUCUAGCCUCAGCCAGUCCCAGUGGCCGGGCUACUGUUUGGGACCUUAGGAAAAAUGAACCCAUAAUCAAAGUCAGCGAUCAUAGUAACAGGAUGCAUUGUUCGGGAUUGGCUUGGCAUCCUGACAUUGCCACCCAAAUGGUCCUUGCUUCCGAAGAUGACAGAUUACCUGUGAUUCAGAUGUGGGAUCUUCGGUUUGCCUCUUCUCCACUCCGUGUUUUGGAAAACCAUGCAAGAGGAGUUUUGGCCAUUGCCUGGAGCAUGGCAGAUCCUGAGUUAUUGUUGAGCUGUGGAAAAGAUGGCAAAAUUCUCUGCUGCAACCCCAACACAGGAGAGGUGCUGUAUGAACUCCCCACAAACACACAAUGGUGCUUUGAUAUCCAGUGGUGUCCCCGAAACCCAGCUGUCCUCUCAGCUGCUUCCUUUGAUGGACGUAUUAGUGUUUAUUCUAUCAUGGGAGGGAGCACAGAUGGCCUGCGGCAGAAACAGGUAGAUAAGCUUUCGUCAUCUUUUGGAAACCUUGAUCCUUUUGGCACAGGACAGCCCCUUCCACCACUGCAACUGCCACAGCAAGCCCCACCACAGGGAGUCGUUGUGUUGCCUUUAAAGAAGCCACCCAAGUGGAUCCGAAGGCCAGUGGGGGCUUCCUUUUCGUUUGGAGGUAAGUUAGUUACGUUUGAGAACUCGAAGCCACAGCCGGGCACUGAGCAGCAGCCGCAGCGCCACCAGGUGCACAUCAGUCAGGUUGUCACUGAGAAGGAGUUCCUACUGCGUUCUGACCACCUCCAGCAGGUUGUGCAAUCCCAAGGCUUUGUCAGCUACUGCCAGAAAAAAAUUGAGGCAUCCCAGACAGACUUUGAGAAAAAUGUGUGGUCUUUUUUGAAGGUAAACUUUGAAGAGGAUUCCCGUGGAAAAUACCUUGAACUUUUAGGAUACAGGAAAGAAGACCUGGGGAAAAAGAUUGCUGUAGCUCUGAAAAAAGGAGAAGGGCCUGAACUGGUUCUUAAAGAGUCUAACCUGCUGGCACCAAAUGAUGUUCAAGAGAGCCAUGCUGCUGAAGAGAACCUUUUUGGAGAGAGUAUCAAGGAAGAAAAUCGAGAGACUGAAAUUUCUCUGUCAGCUGGAGGAACAUUUAAUAUUUCAGUCAGUGGAGAUAUUGAUGGCUUAAUUACCCAGGCUUUGCUGACUGGUAAUUUUGAAAGCGCAGUUGACCUUUGUUUACAUGAUAACCGCAUGGCAGAUGCCAUUAUAUUGGCCAUAGCAGGUGGACAAGAGCUCUUGGCUCGAACCCAGAAAAAAUACUUCGCAAAAACUCAAAGCAAAAUUACCAGGCUGAUUACAGCAGUGGUGAUGAAAAAUUGGAAAGAGAUUGUUCAGUCCUGCGACCUUAAGAACUGGAGAGAAGCUUUAGCUGCUGUGUUGACUUACGCUAGGCCAGAUGAAUUUUCAGCUCUUUGUGAUCUCCUGGGCACCAGGCUAGAGAAGGAAGGUGAUAGUCUUCUGCAGACUCAGGCCUGUCUCUGUUAUAUUUGUGCUGGAAACAUAGAGAAAUUGGUUGCAUGUUGGACUAAAGCUCAAGAUGGAAGCAAUCCCUUGUCACUUCAGGAUCUGAUUGAGAAGGUUGUCAUCCUCCGAAAGGCUGUGCAGCUCACCCAGGCAACAGACACCAGUGCUAUUGGGGUGCUUUUGGCUGAGAAGAUGAGUCAAUAUGCCAGUCUGUUGGCAGCUCAAGGCAGUAUUGCUGCAGCUCUGGCUUUCCUCCCCGCCAACACUAGUCAGCCAAAUAUUGUGCAACUUCGUGACAGAUUGCGCAGGGCCCAAGGUGAGCCCAUGCCGGAGCAGGAAGCAGCCUCCCGGGCUCUCUAUGACAGACAACACAUGUCCAAGGGAGGACCUGGACCUGCUAUGGGUCAGACCCAAGUGUCACGAGCACCAGCCCAACAAUAUUAUCCCCAUGUUAGAAUUGCCCCUACUGUCACUACCUGGAGUAACAAAACUCCUACUGCCCUUCCCAGCCAUCCACCUGCAGCUUCUCCCUCUGACACACAGGGAGAAAAUCCUCCACCUCCAGGUUUCAUUUUGCCCGGACCUAAUAAUCCUAAUAUGGCUGUUCAGCCACCUACAUCUUCUGGCCACAUGUAUGCACAGGUACCAUCUUAUCCACAGCCACAGCCAUAUCAACCAGCCCAACAGUAUUCAUUCGGAACAGGGGGACCAGCAAUGUAUCAGCCACAGCAACCCAGCCCCCUUCCUGCUUCCAAUGCUUACUCAAAUCCUCCUUACAUCCCUUCUUCUGCUUCUUCCCAUUCUGGGCAGGCUCCACUCUAUGCAGCCCAGCACCAGGCUUCUCCAAAUACCCCCAGCCCUAUGUCUGCUUUCCCUCCUCCCCCUUCUGGAGCGCCCUUCCAGCAUGGCGGGCCAGGCGCUCCACCAUCCUCUACUGCUUAUGGCCUGCCUCCCGGAUCCACAGGUACACUGCCUGCUACCAGCGAGCUGCCUGCGUCCCAAAGAACAGAAAAUCAGUCUAUUCAAGACCAGGCAUCUAUGUUGGAAGGACCUCAGAAUGGUUGGAAUGACCCUCCAGCGUUGAAUAGAGUUCCCAAGAAAAAGAAGAUCCCAGACAAUUUCACACCUCCUGUACCCAUCACAUCACCAAUCAUGAACCCUCUGGGUGACCCUCAGUCACAGAUGCAGCAGCAACAGCCGCCCUCUGUUCCAGCACCCACCUCAGGACAGGCUCCAUUCCCACAACCACAUCUCCCUGGGAGCCAACCUAUCCAGCCCUUCCAUGGCAUGCAGCAGCCCCUGCAGCCUGCUAUCCCACCAGCUUUCUCAAAGCCGAAUAUGGAGGGUGCCCCAGGAGCUCCAAUUGGAAAUACCAUCCAGCACGUACAGUCCUUGCCCACAGAGAAGAUUACCAAGAAGCCCAUUCCAGAUGAGCACCUCAUCCUCAAGACCACAUUUGAGGAGCUUAUUCAGCGAUGCCUUGCCUCUGCCACAGACCCGCAAACAAAAAGAAAGUUAGAUGAUGCCAACAAACGCCUGGAAUUUCUAUAUGAUAAACUUAGAGAACAGACACUUUCCCCAACGAUCCUCAAUGGUUUGCACAACAUUGCAAGGAGCAUUGAGACUCGGAACUACCUGGAGGGCCUGAACAUUCACACACACGUCGUGAGCAACAGUAACUUCAGUGAGACCUCAGCCUUCAUGCCAGUGCUCAAAGUGGUUCUUACCCAGGCUAAUAAACUGGGCGUUUGAGUGACAGGCCCUCUCCAACCAGCAAUGCCACUCUUUCAGGAUCCUCCUUAGCCUACCCUCCCUCCCCCCCCCCCCAAAAAAAAAGUAAGCUGCAGCCCAGGUACCAAUGCCCAUUGGCAUGCUUCUAUGGCUAUCAGAUUGAGAGCAUUUAUGCUACUUUUGAAGAUAAACUCAUUUUAGAGUGGCUCCAGGACCUUGUGCUUUUUUAAGUUUAAUCUCUUAUUGCCCAUAAUGAUUCCUCUCCUCUGCAGAUAGUAGAUUUCAUGGGUUACACAUAAUAUGGGCUAAUAAAGUAAAUAUUGUACUAAUAAAAUGUUUUUUAAUACUUUGAUGAGUUGUUUUAAAAAGAACAUUCAGUAUGCAUUAAACAGAGGUAAAACCAGUUUUACUCCAUAUUCCCUUACAUCCUUGGGAUCAACCAGAUUAAAAAAUAUAUAAUCUUA